UUGUUCCGUUACUGUCUCCAACCGCCGUCCGUUGCGUCAGCCACUCAGAGGCUUGCCCCCCGGAGACAAACUAUAGAAGAUGCAUAUUCUCCCCCAGCUAACUUUCUAGAAAUUGAUGUUUGUCGUCCUCUGACUCAUGGUGAGGGAAAAAACCGGUACACAGACUAUGAGGUCAAUCUAAGGACGAAUUUGCCUAUUUUUGCUCUCAAGGAGUCCUCCGUGCGGCGAAGAUACAGUGAUUUCGAAUGGUUAAGGAAUGAGCUUGACCGUGAAAGCAAGGUGAUUGUAAACAGUAGUCUAUUGGUUAAUGACCACGACCUGAAUUCCCGUGGUAUUUUCAUCGCAAUUAUGCACCCGCUUUGUCGCUUUCCUUUUUUAUCUGCAAACAAGGAUAUAGCUUUUGGCCCUGUUGGCGAGUAA